AGCGAGUGCGACUGCCACGAGUGGCACUACCGCAUCAGAGCCGGCCUCGUCCAAAACGUCGUGAGCAAGUGGGAUCUUGUUUGUGAUUCUGCCUGGAAAGUCCACAUUGCUAAAUUCUCCCUACUGGUAGGAUUAAUCUUCGGCCACUUAAUAACAGGAUGUAUAGCUGACUGGGUUGGUCGACGGCCUGUACUGCUCUUCUCAGUCAUAUUCAUUUUGAUAUUUGGACUGACUGUGGCACUCUCAGUGAAUGUGACCAUGUUCAGCACACUCAGGUUUUUUGAGGGGUUUUGCUUGGCUGGAAUAGUCCUCUCCCUGUACGCACUGCGAAUAGAGCUCUGUCCUCCUGGGCACCGGUUCAUGAUCACCAUGGUGGCAAGCUUCAUCGAAAUGGCAGGGCAGUUCCUCAUGCCGGGGCUGGCUGCCCUCUGCAGGGACUGGCAGGUCCUCCAGGCAGUCAUCAUCUGUCCUUUCCUGCUAUGGGUUAUUUUCCCAGAGUCUCUUCGGUGGCUGAUGGCUACACAACAGUUUGAGGCAUCCAAGGAACUGAUCCUUCAGUUCACGCACAAGAACAGGAUGAACACAGAAAGCGACAUCAAAGGAGUGGUGCCCGAGCUAGAAAAAGAGAUCGCCAGGAGACCGAAGAAAGUCUGCAUUGUUAAAGUGGUCGGAACCAGGAACCUGUGGAAAAACAUCGUCGUUUUGUGUGUGAACUCGCUGACUGGUUAUGGCAUACACCACUGUUUUGCGAAAAGCAUGAUGGGGCACGAAGCGAAGAUGGCAAUUACCCACAACUUCUAUGCGGACUACUACACCAUGGCUGGGAUUGCGCUGGCAUCCUGCCUGGCUAUGUGCCCGGUGGUUGGGUUUCUGGGGAGGAGAGGAGGACUCCUGCUUUUCAUGAUCCUUACAGCCCUGGCAUCGCUUCUGCAGCUGGGCCUUCUCAACUUGAUCGGAAAAUACAGUCAACUUCCAGACUCAGGUAUGAGUGACAGUGUCAAAGACAAAUUCUCUACCGCGUUUUCCAUCGUGGGUAUGUUUUCUUCGCAUGCUGUUGGAAGCCUCAGCGUGUUCUUCUGUGCUGAAAUCACACCCACAGUAAUCAGGGGAGGUGGGCUGGGGCUGGUCUUGGCCAGCGCAGGCUUCGGCCGCCUGACCGCCCCCAUCAUGGAGCUCCACAACCAGAAAGGCUACUUCCUCCACCAUGUCAUCUUUGCCUGCUGUACGCUUAUCUGCAUCAUCUGCAUCCUGUUGCUGCCAGAGAGCAAGAACCAGAACCUGCCCGAGAACAUCCCAGACGGGGAACAUUACACCCGGCAGCCCCUCCUGCCACACAAGAAGGGGGAGCAGCCCCUGCUCCUGACAAACUCUGAACUCAAGGAUUACUCUGGUCUUCACGACUCAGCAGCUGUGAGCGACGGGAUCUCGGAGAACACCACUGCCAAUGGGAUGAAGUCGAUGUAACCAGGUGGAUUUUUUUUCCCUUCUUUCUUUUUUGGUUGGGGUUUUUUUUUUUUCCUUCUCUUUCUUUUGUAUUUUAUUUGAUGCUGUUGUGCAGGAGGAGCAGCACUUUGGGCAAAGGUGUUUUGCAGAGAUUUUACAAACCAGUGAUGGAGCAGACACAGACUUGGGGGAAUUCAACUCUGCUGCUAAAGCAACUUUUGGCAUCUUCAACUGUUGUGCAGAUUGCUCUUGAAAAAGUUAUGGGGGAAAAGACUAAUCUGAGAAAAGACCUGGCUGGAGGUAGCCCUUCAAAACUCUUUUUUUCCUGCCAUUAAAAACUUAUAUUUAUUUUGAUUUAUUCUCAAGAAGCACUUUAUUUCCUUUUCCUUUCAUAGAUCACAAAAAUGAAGCCAUCUUAUAAUAAGAGGUGCAGCCAUUCCAAGAAAGAAACCAUGGGGGGGGUUGUUUUCUGUUUUGUUCUUGUGUUUCUUUAAAGGAAAGAGAGAUCUACUGCAAAGUUGAAUUGACUGAAAUUUAGAUUUGUGCAAGAUUCUUCUGCCUGUCUAGGAAGUCCAAGCGCCCAGGUUGCCUGCUGUGUUUGUAUACACACACACAAAAAAAAA